CACACCUUUUAUAUAAUAUCCCUACGACCCUUCACUUCCAUUUGCAAGUUAAAACAUAUGACCACUCGAUUUUUUCUUCAAGAAAAAGGCUUUUAUUUGUUAGCGAUUCCGUACAAAAUGGCUGCUAAUGAUCAAGAAUCCAGAGUUUCCCUGAAGCUUUUGAUAGAUGACAAGAAAAAUAGAGUCAUUGCAGCUGAAUCCAACAGGGAUUUUGUGGAUAUAUUAUUCAGUUUUCUCACUUUUCCAAUUGGAACAAUAAUCAGAUUAACCAACAGCCAGCCAAUGUCAAAGAUAAGUCCAACUUCUACUUGUUUGAACAAUUUAUACCAAAGUGUUGAAAAUCUUCGUGUAAAACAUCUUUAUUCAGAAAACUGUAAGUCAGUCCUUUUAAAUCCAAGAAAUCCAUGCAAUGAAGAUUGCUUCAAGUUGAAAGUGAACAUAGAUGAUUCUGUUUCCAACAAGUACUUCAAAUGUUCUAAUAAAGAUUGCUCAUUAAAGAACUGGUUGCUCAAUGUUAAUUGUUAUUGUGGAGGGAGGACAACUAAGGAGAUAUUUUCAGAAAUAAGAAAUCCAACAAGUGAUUGUUAUGGUGCUUUUCUGAGGAGAGGAAUAGAGUUUAUAAUCAGUGAUGAUUUAAGAGUGUUGCCUGGUUCUCCAAGUUCUCUUGUAAAACUGCUUUCUGAGCUUGGCUACAGCAACAUGAAUCAGAUAAAAGAGAUGUCUGUGGAAGUUGGCAAGGAGGAGAUAUUAAGACUGCUCGCUUGUUCAUUGAUCUCAAAAUCUCCCUUGACAGAGGUGUUUUUGAACAAGAAAGCUAGUAUAGUUGACAACAAUAUCAUGCCUGAGCCAGGAAUUUCACCAUUGGUUCCUAAUGAAUUCCAGUACACCGGAAACUCCUGGAAAAUAAACCUGAAGCUAAUAUUAAACAAGUCUAGAAACAAGAUAUUGUAUGCUGAAGCAAAUGAUUCAUUCGUCGAUUUUCUCUUCAGUUUCCUCACUUUUCCUAUUGGAUCAGUGAUCCAUGUUCAAAAUGGGAUUUCUGGACUUGGAUGCAUAGACAACUUGUACAAAAGUGUGACGGAUUUGGAGUCAAAAUGGUUUCAUUAUUGUCAGCACAGAUUACUCAACCCCAGCGUUGCACCAAGACAUAAAUGCCAGAAUCAGUUGCUUCCGAUUUCUGUGGGACUCGACAAUCAUAGCCUUUUAGACCCCAGGUGCACAAGUGGUGGCACAAGUGAUUUUGGCAGAUUAACACUGUCACCUUCCUUGUUUAUUGUUUCGGACGAUUUGGUAGUCAGGCCUAUGUGUUCUACAUCAAGUUUUGGCUUACUCAAAGAACUAAAUGCACCCUUGUAUGACAUUGAAGAGCAAGUAAUCUCCAUUGAUAAGGCAGAGGCACAGCUCUUGCUGCAGGCAGCUUUUAUCGGGUCAUCAUCUGCUUUAACACUUGCCUUGAGCUCUUUCUUGAAUAAACAGAAACAAGAGAUGGACUAAUAUGCUACAAACUACAAGAGCAGCUUGGCUUGGUGGCUAUGUCAUACUGUUCUAUAUUAUAUUAUCUGCUUAAUAUUUGGAUUGAGACGAGUUUAAAUGGAGCAGCAUGGAAAGCGAAGACUAAUAAAGUUGAUUCUAUAUUUCUUUAGAUUGAGGCAUUGUUGUUGUUUGUAUUGCCUACUGAACAAGCUUUUACUGCCCUGCUAGUUCAAUUAAAUGAGGUGAAAUUAGAUGGUGAUGCUAGCAAUUUGAGUGCUCUUAUAAAGUGUCUUUGUGAUGCAACACACAUAUUUGAUGAUAUUAUGACUUUGUUACUAUUUUCUGAGAUAUUCACAACU